UAAAUCUACCAACAGCUGAUGGUAGUCAGUGAUGAUAGAAAAAAAGUAAUUUCUAUCGUUAAAUCUGGCUAUCAAUCGAAAUUUAGCUGUAUGGAUAUUAAGGUCCAAAUGCUGACUAAAAAGGAAAGAAAACUAUUUUAAGGCUUAAAAUAAUGACACAUAUUUAAAAUAUUUUAAUAAUAGUAACCAUAUUUAUAUUUUUCAAACACAAAAAAAAAAAAACAUUUAUUAUUGAACGUCAAUAAUACGUCGAAUCGAACAAAAACCGCUAAACGUGUAUAAUUAUAGCCUAAGUGUCCAGCACUGACAAAUGCAAAUGAUUGCAUUUGAAAAUUGUUUUGGCAAGCAAAACAUGGGAGUUUGCAGAUUUUUUCAAACUGGCAGUUGCCGUUAUGGAACAAAGUGUCAUAAUGAGCACUUUGAUAUUAAGGAGUAUUUGAAAGCCGAUGUGGAAUCAGCUUUCAAUGGCAAAAUGUGGCCAUUUUCGGUUUACGGCCCGUUUAAGGAUAAAACAAAUUUUCCCAAUUUCAUUGAGGAUCAAUCCUUUGAAGAAGUUCGUCUGAUGUGCUACGAUGCCAAACGGAAUAAUCAAUUCGAUCAAUUCCAUGUACAAUUCAACAGAGAAGUAAUGGAGGCCACCAAUAAAAUGAAAAGUUUACUACAAACGACCCCACAAAUAAUUGAUGUAAUGAUCAAGAUCUAUAAUGCACCCGAUGGAGCAGCACCACCAGUGGCAACCAAUAGUUUUGGCUCAACCGGAUUGACCAAUCAAACGACAUCAAUCUUUAGCAAACCGACACUUACUGCUGGUAAUAUAUUUGGUGGUAAUACUUCCGUCGGUGUCGGUGGUGCUACCACAAAUAGUAUCUUUGGUGGAGCUACCCAGAAUCAGAAUGCCAAUAGCAUCUUUGGUGGAGCAGCUGCAGCAACCCAGAAUAUGUUUGGCCAGCAGCCGCAACAGCAGCAGCAGCAACAACUACAACAACAACAGGCAUCUAUAUUUGGCAAUCAACAAGCACCAACAACCAACAUCUUUGGUCAGCAACCUCAAGUCCAGGCUCAGGCUCAACCAUCGAUAUUUGCCCAGACCGUGCAACAACAGCAACCAAAUCCAUUUACUCAACCAAAUACUGGAGGUGAAAAUAUCUUUGCCAAUGCACAGCAAGCGAAUCCAUUUGCACAGGCAAAUGCAGGUGGCCAAAAUGCAUUUGGUUUUGGGCAACAAAACCAUUUUGCCAAUCAAACUCAGCCUGCAUUUACCGGAUUUCAACAACAACAACAACAACCGACGCAACAACAACAGCCACAGAUGCCAGGAUUUGGUGUUCCUCAAGCCCAACAGCCACCAAGUGGCUUCUUUAGUCAAGCAUCAGCCGGAUAUGCACCACAACAGCAUGCCAUGCAGCAGCCCAUACAAGCACAAUCCGGUCUGGGCAUGUACAGUCAGCUAAAGGAUUUGACGGCGGAACAAUUGGAAGCAUUCAAAGCUGAAUUCUUUGCUCAAGGAAUGGUGCCAUUUGAUCCGCCGCCACGUGAAUUUUGUUAAUACUCGUUUUAAAUAGUCAAUAGUUUAUGUUUCAAGUUCUUGGAAGAUACAACAAAUCUCUAUAUAUGUAUUAUUUGUAUAUAUUGGCAAACAAUUUUUCCAAAAUCUAAAUAUUUGUUUUUCGUUUCUUACUUUGAUAAUUAAAUAUACCUAUAUAAUUUAAAUCUAACUUAAAUACUAAUGCAUCAUCAUAUUGAGACGUUCCAUAUUGAUGGAAUAGACUGCAUGGGAGCCUAUAAGAUUGCGAUCACGAAAAGCUUGUUGGCAAUCCUUAAGAGUGAUCACUGUACGCUCACUGGGCUCACUGCGAAAAAUAAUGACAAUUAAAUAUACAUAAAAAAUA